GUGUGCAAGAGCGCGAUUGUCAAAGUGCGUCCCGUUCGGCUGUUCGACUUUUUCCGCUCAGAUUGCCUCAACCACAACGAGAACACAAUACUUUGGAGCCCGAACGUUACUGACGCCACUCUACGUUGAUUUCCAUCCCAUCUUCGUCGACGGUUGAGUGCUCUGACAAGCAAACACACGGAGCCGAGACGGCUAGGAGCUAACGCGGCUAGCGGCAAACCGACGGCCGACCGGAAGCUUGUGCCAAAGUGUCCGCUCACAGCCAUGAGCUGCCCGGUAAAUCUCCAAGCUCUGCCGGCGGAUGUUUUCCAUCAAGUCCUGAGUCCCGACAACGUGAGAGGAAGACCCGCGGGAAGGUCCCUCACGGCGCUCAGCUUCCCCAAAUCCAGAGCAUCUUUGUGGGAUGCUCGCCCGGAUGGACAGAAGCUCUGCCUCCAACUCUGCUCUCGCAGGAUGCCCCGCCUCCUGCUGCAUGAGAAGGCUCUUCGUCUGGCCCAGCGGCAUGUCCGCCACUGCAGAGCGUCACAUGUUCACUGCUUCUUCUUGGGCUCUGUGGCCGUGGAUGCAGACGAGGAGGGCGUCACCGUGACGCUGGACCGCUUCGAUCCGGGUCGAGAGCAGGCCGGCGCCUCGGGCCGCGUUCCCGCCGCCCCGCUGCCGGGCGGCGUCCUGGUCCCUUGCUUGAUAUCUGGCCAGACGACCUCCGACGACAUCGUCCGAUCGGAGGCCGAGCUCCGGCGCUCCUUCUCUGCGGUGCAGGCUCACGUGAGCGGCCGGCAGCCUCUGGAUCUGUGUCAGCUGAUGAGGGUCGAAGGUCGCGUGAGCUGCCAGCAGCGGGGAGGCGCCGCGCACCUCUCGCUGGGCUGGUCGUCCGUCUGGCCGUCCGUCCGCUUGGACGUCCGGCCGGUCCGCCCCGUCCCCUUCGUGCCCGCGCCGUCGCGCAAGAGUCCGAGCCACGCGCCCGGUGGCCGCCGGCGAGGGUUUUUGACGAUGAAUCAGAGCAGACAUUUGCUUCUGCUGAUGGAGUCUGACCCCACAGCCUCCAAACUGCCGCUGGUUGGUGUCUGGCUGAGCGGCGUGACCCGGGUGCGGAACCCCCACGUGUGCGCCUGGUGCCUCCGGUUCCUCUUUGGCUGCGCCCUCCAAGACAGAGUUCUGUCGGACGACGGCGCUUUCCUGCUCGUCAUCUUGCCCUCCGAGCUCACGGCCCCGGACUUCUUCCGGUGUCGACGUUCGGGUUCCGGUCCGCCGGACUGCCGGCCGCUGAGCGCCUCCCGAUGCGUGACGCUGCACCAGCAGGUGGCGCCGGCGGAAGGUCAGACUUUGGAGUUUGAGCUGAGUCCAGAAGGUCACGUGGGACAGGUCCAAGUCUUCCAAGAUGCUCGCAGUUCCUUCAGCAGAGGUGGCAGCCACACGGCGGCGGCCAUCUGCGAGCGAGACUCCGGCGUGGAGGACGACGACGGCUCGCCGCGACCUUCGCCGCGUCCUCACGUUCCCGCUCAGCAGGCUCCUCGAGUUCAGCCGGCGGUUCCGGAACUUUCUCUGUUGAUCGACGGCAGCUUCUCGUCCGAUCGUGACGUGCGGCCGGACGCCGACUGGGCCCGCUGCCCGGACGCCGGCAGGUCCAGAAGCUGCUGGAGGCUCAGGCGGGACCGCCACCCUCCAAGGCCAAGACCACCUCCAGCAGUGUCGCCGUGGCAACAGGUGCCAGUCUCCUGUGGGGGUCUCAGACUCUGCCUACACCUCAACCUCCAGCAUCCUCCCCCCCCUCGCGAGCGCCGCCUCCUCCCCCCUCGGCGCUCUGCCCCGAGGACGGUGGCGUCACAGGCCGGGAGGCUCGCGGCCCCGCCGACAGCCAUCGCAGCGCGGACGGCCAGAAGACGCCAGGCGUGGCGGCGGACGGCCGGCGGACGCCAGGCGAGGCGGGGGACGGCCGGCGGACGCCAGGCGAGUCGGGGGACGGCCGGCGGACGCCAGGCGAGUCGGGGGACGGCCGGCGGACGCCAGGCGAGGCGGGGGACGGCCGGCGGACGCCAGGCGAGGCGGGGGACGGCCGGCGGACGCCAGGCGGGGCGGGGGACGGCCGGCGGACGCCAGGCGGGGCGGCGGACGGCCGGCGGACGCCAGGCGGGGCGGGGGACGGCCGGCGGACGCCAGGCGGGGCGGGGGACGGCCGGCGGACGCCAAACAAGGUGGCGGACGGCCAGCAGAGCCCAGGCGAGGCGGGGGACGGCCUACGGACGCCAGGCGAGGCGGCGGACGACCAGCGAACGCCAGGCCAGGCGGCGUGCGGCUUCCUCACGACGAGCGACAGACGGGAAGCGCAGCAGCCGACGAGGAGCCGCCCGAACGAGCGUCGCGGCGGCCGAGGGACGACGACGACGAAACGCAGCGUCACCCCCCCGUCGGCAUCCGGCGCAGACGCGAGCGCCCUCUGCCUGCGAUACGUCGACGGCUCGCGAGUCGGCCCCGCCCCCUGGCCGCCGUCGCUUAGCAACAUGUCGCUGGCCACCGGCGCGUACUUGGGGCGACACGGUCUGCGCCGAGGUCUCGGCGGCGCCGGCCCCGCCGAUCCCCUUCCGCGGAAUCGGACCACUCCGGAACCGGGACCCGAGACGGCCGUCGACGACGAGCACGCCGCCGGCCCCGUGGGGAACGUUCUGGACCGCACUCGCCUCAGACAGCUGCCCAAACUCUGAUGAACACUGACAAAGUGCUUUUAAUUUGAAAGGGUGUUCGUGAGCAUCCCACUGCAGCGCUUUUAAUUUGAAGGGUGUGUUAUGCUUAUCUUAAUAAAGUGCUUUUAAUUUGAAAUUUGAAAGGCUGUUUUUAGGCUCCUCCCAAGGAAGUGGUUACCACUUGAAAACCGGCAUUUAUGUGUCCUCGGGUGAUUUUAAUUCGAAAGGGUCUUUGCAAGUAUCCUACUGCAGUUGUUUUCAUUUGAAAGGUUGUAUUCUUGCCAUCCUAAUUGUGCUUUUAAUUUGAAAGGGAGCAUUUGUGUAAUUCGAAUGAGAGCUUUCUAUAUGAAGGCGGGGCUUGUCAGUUUCCCUGUCAAUCAAGGUAAAAAUGGCAGCUGGCGUGUGCGCGGUUUUGAAAAAUCAUUUUAGGAAUCCGACCUGUCCGGUGUUUGUCGAUACGUGACGUGCGAUCUAACCCUAACCAUUUGCAUACCGUUCGAUCAAUAACGCUGAAGUUCCUUUUGAAAAUCACUUCAUUUGAAUGAUUGCCAGUUGUUAUCCAUCAAAAGGUCAUCAUUGUUUCUCAGGAAAAAAAACGUUCAAACUUUUA